CAAGUUAUUCUCUUGCUUGGGCCAUAAAGCGAAAGCACAUUGUUAGCAGAUUCUCUGAUCGUUUAACACAUUUGUAUGUAUGUUUUCUCAAUCUCGCAAUGCACGGAAGCUGUUUGCAGAAAUUACCCAAAGAAUUAAAAGCUCGCCGACGAGAAUCUCUGCUACUUUAUUCCAUAGGAAUUCAAGCCACGAUGACACUGUUGAGCCCAAUGCUGAAAAUGAUCAUGUAUUGGUAUCAUGGACAUCCAAGUUAUCCAAAUUGGUAAAACAAGGGCAGCCAGAGGAAGCCAUUUGCUUGUUCAAGAGAAUGCUAUUGUUGAAGAGUAAUCAAAGGCCUAACUAUGUUACAAUUUUAAGCUUAAUAAAAGCCUUAGAUGCUCUACAUUGGGAUGUUUUGGUAAUGAUGGUUCAUGGGUUGGUGGUCAAAAUGGGGUUUAUAUCAGAGCCCUCCGUUUUAACUGCUCUUAUUGGGUCUUAUUCCGUUUAUGGUAUGGGAACUUGUUGGAGUUUGUUUCAUCAAAUACGUGAUAAAGAUGUUGUUUUAUGGAGUGCUGUGGUUUAUGCUUGUGUUAAGAAUAAGGAUUAUCUGGAGGCUCUUGAGUUGUUUAGAAGAAUGCAAUUUAUUGGGUUGAAAGUUAAUCAUGUUAGUAUUGUCAGCAUUUUGCCUGCUUGUGCUAAUCUUGGCGCUCUACGGUUAGGUAGAGAAAUACACGGUUUUAUUAUAAAAAGAAUGUUUUCUCAUGUUAUUAGUGUUCAGAAUUCAUUGGUUGAUAUGUAUGCAAAAUGUAGGAAUCUCGAGUCAGGGAUUCGUGUUUUUGAUGGAAUGUUGGAGAAGGACUUGGUUUCUUGGAGGACUGUGAUUCGCGGUUACAUCGAGAAUGAAUUUGGGAUAGAAGCAAUUAAUAUCUUCUCAAAGAUGCAGCUGUUGUCUUUUUUUGCUCCGGAUGAAUUUGUUGUCCGGGAUAUGAUUAUGGCUGUGUUACAAUCUGGAGAGAAUAAACUUGGAUCCGCAUUUCAUUGCUAUAUAAUGAAAAACGGGUUCUUGGCUUUUGUUUCCGUUGCAACUGCUCUUUUGCAGAUGUAUGCUAAGUUUGGAAUGGUUUGUUCAGCUAGGAGUGUAUUUGAUCACAUUGGCAAUAAAGAUGUCAUUGCAUGGAAUGCAAUGAUCUCAGCUUACACCCAAAGCAAGUUACCUUUUAAUGCCGUGGAUACAUUUACACAGAUGUUACAUAUGAACGCGAAACCUAAUGAGUUCAGUUUAAUUAGUCUACUGCAAAUGUGUUCUUUGAUGGCAUCUCAAGAAGUAUCUCAUGAACUUGGAGAUAGCAUCCAUGCUUUCAUAGAAAAAGUUGGUUACUCGAGGAAUGUUUAUUUAUCAUCAGCCUUGAUAGAUUUCUACUGCAGAUCAGGAAGGGUCAAGCAAGGAAAGGCUCUUUUUGAUGAAGUUCCUGUCAAAGAUCUCAUUUGUUGGAGUUCAUUGAUUAAUGGAUAUGGAUUAAAUGGUUAUGGAAUUGAGGCUCUUGAGACAUUCUCAAAUAUGUUAGAUUGUGGGAUAAAGCCAAAUGAAAUUAUUUUUCUUUCUGUUUUAUCUGCUUGUAGUCAUUGCGGGCUAGAAUACGAGGGUUGGAACUGGUUUUAUUCUAUGAAAGAGAAGUAUAAUGUUACCCCAAAGCUUGCACACUAUGCAUGCAUGGUGGAUUUGCUCAGUCGCCAGGGUAAUAUUGAACAAGCGCUAGACUUUGUGAAGAAAAUGCCAAUGGAGCCAGAUAAAAGAAUCUGGGGAGCUAUUCUUGCUGGUUGUCGGUUAACGCCUGGGCCAAUUGAGAUUGUAGAGUUCGUUGUUGAACAGCUUGCUACCUUGGAUCCACAAAAUAGCACUAACUAUUACACAAUUUUAUCAGACCUAUAUGCAAGUGAAGGUAGAGAGGAAGAUGUAGAGAGGACGAGAAGAUUGGUGGAGAAUGCCUAGAAAGAAAAGGUUUGAUACCUCAGUAGCUUGUCUUCUGUACAUUCUAUCAAUUGAGCAGUAGCCAGUAGGCAAACCAAUUGAAACCAAGCUUGCUCUUGUUUUAUCUGCAGAUUGAUCUCACUCAUGAAAGAAGGAAUCCUCGAAGUUCUUAUUGUAAAUGCUGAAGACAUUAGACACACUAAUCUUAUCGGAAGACCUGCAUACUAUGUUAUAUUACAAUGUGGAACUAAAGAAUACAGAACCAAAAUAUCACCAGG